AUGAUGGAAGAGGUGAAGGAGGGUUCUGUGCUGAGUGUCCAAACCAACGGCAUCAAAGUGAGCGAAGUGGUGAAGGAUGGAGACAGCCUCACCUUCAUCAUUAUAUCACAAAAGCUCUCUGGGACAGGGGAAUACCACGUUGCUCGCACUUAUGACGACUUCGACUGGCUCCAGCAGCAUCUGUUUUCUCAGGAGGAGGUUCCAGGGAUACAAGGGAUCAUCUUCCCUCCUCUUCCAGCCCGAGCGCAGGUGAACCCGUCGGCUAAAGUCAUGAAACAGCUGGGGCUCCUGGCUCUGGGCGAUUGGAAGCCCUACGGAGCUGCACUGGAGCAGUUUCUCCAGCAGGUGGCGUCUCAUAGUGUCCUGUGUAAGAACAAGGCCCUGGAGGACUUCCUGACCAGCACAGAGCCUCCGGGUCGACAGAAAAGUAAGAAGAACAUAUUGAACCGUCUGAGCCAGGCGGUGGAGGGGCUGAGGAAGGAGGGCCACAAAGAUGUGGAGGAUUUCUUCCAAAAUGAACGAGACUUGAACCAGGCGCUGACAAACUGCACUAAAGUGGUCGCUGAGAAAUUCUUGGAUGUGGUGCAAACUGAACAAAAGAUCUCGGUCGCGUGUGGCCACUUCUCGGCAGCUCUGCAGAUGUGUGUGGAGUCGGCAGAGGAUCCGGACAAACAGGAUUUCUCCAGGGUCUGUAAAAGUCUGUCUGAAGUCUUCAGCUCUAUGGGGAAGCACAUGUUGAGUGUGGCUGAGAACGACACGGACUCUUUGGGACUGGGUCUGGACCUGGACUCUCGGUACCAGGACGCGGAGAAGGAGAUGCUGUUCCGCAGAACGUGUAAACUAGUGGAGCUGGAGGCGGCGCAGAGGAAUGCAGAGAGGGCCAAACCCGUGAAGAAGGCAGCGAUGGAAGAAGUGAAGAAAACCACAGAAACAGAGUUCAAUCAGAUCAGUGUGAUGGCCAAACAGGAGAUCAUGGAGCUGAAACGAGCCCGGGUGCAGUGGUUUCAGAGGGCUUUAGUGCUGUGGUGUGAGAAGCAGCUGGUCACCGCCAAGAAGAACACCGAACAAUUAAACCUACAUCUGGAGAAGGUCCGAGCCUUGGCCUAG